CGGGGGAGGAGCCGGCUGGAGCAGCGGCGGGCCCGGCGCAGAGCAGGCAGGGGCCAGGGCCGGGUUGAGGGGUCGGGGUGGGGCAUGGGGCGCCCUCGCGCCGCUUCUAGGCUGCUGCUGCUCGUGCGACCUCUGCGGCUGUUGCGGAGGCGCUUCCGGCUGCUGCUGCUGCUCGCGCUGCUGUCGCUCGGGCUCUGGACACUCUACCUGGAGCUGGUGGCUGCCGCCCGCGCUGGCGGGAACCCCCUGAACCGCAAGACAAAGGGAGACACCUGCAGCACUGCUCUACUAUUCAAGAAGCUUCCCCCUGAAGGGUAUGGCAGCUGGAGGGAGCUGGCCAAAGCGCUGGGCAGCUGGGACAGCCCAGCAGGGAACCCAAACCUCCAACUCUACGGCCCCCAGAGCCUGGGCCUCGAGGACCAAGACUCGGCACGAGGAGGGAAUGGUAACAGCAGCUACCUGAAGAGGAAUAAGCCAGUGCCCUGGCUCUCAGAGUUCCGUGGCCGAGCCAACCUGCAUGUGUUUGAAGAUUGGUGUGGCGGCUCCAUCCAGCAGUUGCGUCGAAACCUCCACUUCCCACUGUACCCCCACACCCGUACGACCCUGAGGAAGCUGGCUGUGUCCCCCCGAUGGACCAACUAUGGCCUCCGCAUCUUUGGCUACCUGCACCCCUUCACAGACGGGAAGGUCCAGUUUGCUGUGGCCUCGGAUGACAACGCGGAGUUCUGGCUCAGCCGGGAUGAACAGGUGUCGGGUCUCCGGCUGCUGGCGAGCGUGGGCCAGACUGGGAGAGAGUGGACAGCACCCGGAGAGUUUGGGAAAUUUCGGAGUCAAAUUUCCAAGCCGGUGAGCUUGUCGGCCUCACGGAGGUACUACUUCGAGGUGCUGCACAAGCAGAAUGAGGAGGGCACUGACCACGUGGAGGUGGCGUGGCGGCGUGAUGACCCUGGAGCCACAUUUGUCAUCAUCGACUCCCCAUCCCUGUCCCUCUUCACCAAUGAGACAUUGCUCAGGAUGGAUGAGGUGGGUCACAUCCCCCAGACAGCAGCCAGCCACGAGGGGCCCCCAGACCCUUUCCCUGCAGACGAGCAGCCCCCCAUCGAUAUGUUGCGACCUGACCCCCGGGAUACCAUCUACCAAGUGCCUCUGAUGCCCAAGUCCCGGCUACGCUAUGUGCUGCCUGACUGUCCCUACAAGCCCAGCUACCUGGUGGAUGGCCUUCCCCUACAGCGCUACCAGGGCCUCCGCUUUGUUCACCUGUCUUUUGUUUACCCCAACGACUACACACGCCUGAGCCACAUGGAGACUCAGAACAAAUGCUUCUACCAGGAGAACAGCUACUACCAGGACAGGCUCAGCUUCCAGGGGUACAUCAAGAUGGAUCAGCCUGAGAGGCAGGGGCCAGAGCAGCCAGGUGCCGGGGACAGCUUUCUGGAAGAUUCCCAGUAUGGAGAAGUGGUCGAGGAGAGCCCAGCUUUGCAGCCCCAGGACCCCAAGGUGUCGACCCCCAGCCCCGGGCAGGGGGGCACAGACUCCCACCUCCAAGGCCUGCGGCAACUUCUGGCUCAGCCCCAGGGCUCCCUCCAGAGCCUCUUAGCCCGGCCCAGCAUCUUCUCCUGGCCAGCAACAGGGGCACCCAUGAUACAGAGGCCCGGGCUGGUGGGGGGUGACCACCAGGAGACGCCAGGCCAGUCGCAGUGGCUGAGCCAGGUGGAGUCGUACAUCGCGGAGCAGAAGAGGGCAGAUGGGCUGCUGCCCCGGGUGCAGGACGGAGAGGAGGAAGAGCAGGAGGAGGAGCAGGAGGAACAGGAGGAUGCAGCCGAGCUGCCUGACUACAUGCCUGGGUUCGACCCGGUGGUCAACUGGGCUCAGACCUUCAGCGCCCCGAGCCUGGACCUGCAGGCGCUGCGCUCUGACUGGAUCGACCUGAGCUGCAACGUGUCUGGGAAUUUGCUGCUGGCACCGCGAGAUGCUCUUGAGGUGGCCCGUGCCUUUCUACGUAGGCUGCACCAGCGGAGCCGAGGGCGGUACCAGCUGCAGCGGGUACUGAAUGUGGAGAAGCGGCAGGACCAGCUGCGUGGGGGACGCUAUCUGCUGGAGCUGGAGCUGCUGGAGCGCGGCCGGCGCCGGGUACGGCUGUCCGAGUAUGUGUCCACACGGGGCUGGCCUGAGCCCGACCACAGCCCGCAAGACUUGGUGUGGGGGCCCCACCGCCGGCUGCUGGGCAGUCCUGGAGAGCCCAGGUUGUGCUGGCCGCAGGGCUUUUCCUGGAGCCACCGCGCUGUUGUCCACUUCGUCGUGCCUGUGAAAAACCAGGCGCGCUGGGUGCAGCAGUUCAUACGCGACAUGGAAUGGCUGUCUCAGGUCACUGGGGACCCGCACUUGAAUGUCAUCUUGGUGGACUAUAGCAGCGAGGACAUGGAUGUGGAUGCUGCCCUAAGGCGCUCUCGCCUGCACAGCUACCAGUACAGGAAGCUCAGUGGAAACUUUGAGCGCUCAGCUGGGCUUCAGGCUGGCAUCGACCUGGUGAAGGACCCCCACAGCAUCAUCUUCCUGUGUGACCUGCACAUCCACUUCCCUGCCGGCGUGGUGGAUGCCAUCCGCAAGCACUGCGUGGAAGGCAAGAUGGCGUUUGCCCCCAUGGUGAUGCGGCUGCACUGUGGGGCCACCCCCCAGAGGCCCGAGGGCUACUGGGAGGUGAACGGCUUCGGUCUGCUGGGCAUCUACAAGUCAGACCUGGACAGGAUCGGGGGCAUGAACACCAAGGAGUUCCGAGAUCGCUGGGGCGGGGAGGACUGGGAGCUGCUAGACAGGAUCUUGCAGGCCGGCCUGGAGGUGGAACGCCUGUCCCUCAGGAACUUCUUCCACCACUUCCACUCCAAGCGUGGCAUGUGGAGCCGCCGUCCACUCAAGGCACCCUGAACUCCUGGACUGACUGCCUGCCUGAGAGGAGGCUCCAGCAGGGAGAUACCCUCCCCCCCCCCCAGCCCUGUCUGGGUCUGGGGAGUGAUGACUCCCAGGGGUGAGAGGAGGCUCCAGGAGGGUCAACAUCAGGCCCAGGGAAGAGCCUAGGGGCUCCGUGUCAUACCCUAUGGCCCAUUGGGAGAUGACUGAGCUAGGCUGGUCACUGCACACUUGUCUCUGGAGCUGUGAUUGUUUUAAGGAAACCCUCUGUCACUGCCCAGCACCAUGCUGUCUGAGGUGGGGGCCUGUUGGGGGACUGUCCCCACCUGCAUACCUCAGCCCUCCCCACUACCUGUCCUUGUCAGGCUGACAGCUGCCUCACACCCGGAGGUCUUGCCCAGGCUUCUGCCCCCAGGAACACCCUCUCCCUGGAGCCCCUGAGAGCUGGCCCCCAGCCCACCAUCAACUCACCUCCAGGGGUGUCACUUCUGGAGAGCCUUAUCCCCCUGGGAAGGGGGUCACUGCAUGUGAGCCAGGAGCUGGGGUCGGGGGCAGAGGCUGAGGGCUGAGGGGGGCCAUAGUCUCAGAGUGAAAAGGGGUGAAGCCCGGCAGGAUGAGGGCCUGAAAUGAAGGGUGAAUGGGAAGCAUGGUCCCCAGGGCCUGGAUGCCCCAGAAACACAGCUCUCCUUUGGAGAGAUCCCCAGCCCCCUGGUCUUAGGUGGAUGAAGAAGGGUCUGUGGGUGGUUGGGGGUGCAGGUUUGGGGUGACCCUCAGAGACACCCCCCCAUUGAUGGUGACCAAGCCAGUAGGGUGUCAGGGAACCCAGCCACCUGCCUGUCACCUAAUGUCACCUCUCGUGUACUAACAGCCCCAGGUGCCUUUGUGAGGGGCUGUGCUGCACACACCAGCCAUGCAUUGGACACAGGUUCUCACACUCCAGUGUCUGUUGAGGGGCUGGGGGGGGCAGACCCCCCACUGUGAGAAGGGGCUUAUGGAGGUAUAGUGCCAGCCAGGCUGCUGAGCCCCCAGACCCAGGCUGUGACAGAAGCCAGGUCUCUCCUGGGUACCCUUCUUUCACCAAGGGCCCAGCCUAAGCAUCUGGCCCUGCAGAACUUGGGAUGUUGGGGUAGGAUGGAGUAGCCCCCUGCCUCCCCUCUCUGUGGCAUCAAGGACAGAGACUGUAGUGGACCUGCUGUGACUUUAGGGGACCCAUCUGAAUCAGGGCCAAGACAGUGGCCAUUGGCUGGGGGGGAGCUGUCACCCUCAGGUGUUAUACUUGGGUCAGCCCAGACAGCCCCCCAACCCCCUGCUGUGCCCAGCUACCCCCUACUCCCAGUGCCUUCCUUGUGUCCAGUGUUUGUUACCUCCACACCAGCUGCCUUAAGGGGGGCCUGGCACAACCCCUGCUCUAGAGGACAAGUCCAGGGAGAGGGCAGGGAAACUGUCAAUACAGCAUCUUCUUAGAAAACCAGGUGGUUCUUGUGUCUUUCUGUUGUCCUGGGAGGGAGGGGGGAGGGGCCCCGGGUGCACCUCCCAGCUGCCAGGCCUUGGAGGAGGUACCUGGGAUCCCCACCCCAUUCCUUUGCUUGUCACCUGCCCUGAGCUGCAGUCUGGGUGUCUGUGUGGUCUGCUCAGGGAGGCAUUUUCUGGGCAGAUGAUAGCAAUUCUGUGGUUUCAGGUGGGAAGGGCUGC